AUGAGAAGAUAUAUGAAAGAGGUCCAAGGACGAAAUCAAACAGAAGUGACAGAAUUUAUCCUCUUAGGACUCUCAGACAACUCAGAUCUACAGAGUGUCCUCUUUGGAUUGUUUCUGUUAAUCUAUAUGGCAACCAUGGUGGGUAAUUUAGGGAUGAUGGUGUUAAUUAAGAUGGAUCCUUGUCUCCACACGCCAAUGUACCUCUUUCUCAGCAGCCUCUCUUUUGUUGAUGCCUCUUACUCUUCUUCUGUCACUCCUAAGAUGCUGGUGAACCUUGUGGCUGAGAACAAAGCCAUAUCUUUUAAUGGAUGCGCUGCCCAGUUCUACUUCUUUGGCUCCUUUUUGGGGACUGAAUGCUUUCUGUUGGCUAUGAUGGCAUAUGAUCGCUAUGCAGCCAUUUGGAACCCUCUGCUGUACUCAGUUCUCAUGUCUGGGAGAAUUUGUUUCUUGCUAGUAGCUAUGUCUUUCCUAGCAGGCUUUGGGAAUGCAGCCAUACACACAGGAAUGACUUUCAGAUUGUCCUUUUGUGGCUCUAACAGGAUCAACCACUUCUACUGUGACACCCCACCCCUGCUCAAGCUGUCUUGCUCUGACACUCGCAUCAAUGGCAUUGUGAUCAUGGUUUUCUCCAGUUUUAAUGUCAUCACUUGUGUUAUGGUUGUUCUCAUUUCUUACCUGUGUAUCCUCAUUGCCAUCUUGAGGAUUCCCUCUUUAGAGGGCAGGCACAAAGCCUUCUCCACCUGUGCCUCCCACCUCAUGGCUGUCACCAUAUUUUUUGGGACAAUUCUCUUCAUGUACUUGCGCCCUACAUCUAGCUAUUCAAUGGAACAGGACAAGAUUGUCUCUGUCUUUUAUACAGUAGUGAUUCCUAUGUUAAACCCCUCAUCUACAGUUUGA